AUGAAUAGAUUUUUUUUCAACACCUUAAAUUCGUCGCUGUUUCAAAACUUCAAGUUUAAAAGCUCCUUUUUGAGUUCAGGAUAUUCUGCGGCCAACCGCAGUAUCUCGACCAGAAUUGGCGGCACCUCCUUUUGCAGCGAACUGCAUAAACCCAACAACUUCGUGAAGUACUACCACACGUCUCCUUUCAUCAGUAGGACGCUUAAUGCUACCAACUGUAAUGCGCUCCUGCAGAACAAUGACGAACGAAGCUGCUUGUACCAGAAACUAGGCGUGAGACAUGACAGUGGAAUCGCGAGCCUGUCCGCAGCCAUUGCGCUGAUGUCCGUGGGAGGGGUAAGUAGUCACAGGGAGAACCAAGCAAAGGAAAAAAAAAAAAAAAAAAAUAGCUAG